AUGGCUUCCGUCUCCAUACUCUAUUCCUUCCUCCUCGUCAUCUUCUCCUGCGCGUGGAUAUUCCGUGCGCGCCAUGCUUGGGGGCGGUUCAUGACAGGAGCGCAAAUGUUCAUGGACUUCCUAGUGGCUCUCCUGAUGUUCGCAGCUGCCACAGCAGCAGCAUGCCAGACGGGUCAGAAUGAGCAAGGGGUUACCAUCAUGGGACGCCGUCAACUUGUCAGCCUUUGCUCCAGUGCUGACAUCCUUGGAUUUGGAUCGUAA